AUGACACGACCCGGGUACCUCUACCUCCUGCUGGGGCAUGCCACCCCCUUCCUCCUCCUCCUCUUCCUGGGGCUGCUGCUGGCCCUGCCAUCUGGGACGCAGGGGUUUCCUGGCCUUGGCCGCUCGCCCUCAGCGGCUCAAACUGCCCACCAGCGCCCCCAGAAGCACUUCACCUCUGGCACCCUCAAACCUGCUGCUCACCUCGUUGGAGACCCCAGGACGCAGACCUCGCUGCGCUGGAGAGCCAACACAGACCACGCCUUCCUCCGCCAUGGCUUCUCUCUGAGCAAUAAUUCCCUUCUGGUCCCCACCAGUGGCCUCUACUUUGUCUACUCCCAGGUGGUCUUCUCUGGAGAACGCUGUUCCCCGCAAACCGUCCCCACCCCUCUCUACUUGGCCCACGAGGUCCAGCUCUUAUCCUCCCAAUACCCCACCCACGUGCCUCUCCUCAGCGCCCAGAAGUCCGUCUCCCCAGGGCCACAGGGCCCUUGGGUGCACUCAGUGUACCAGGGGGCUGUGUUUCUGCUCGCCCAGGGAGACCAGCUGUCCACGCACACCUCCGGCAUCUCCCACCUGCUCCUCAGCCCCAGUACCGUCUUCUUUGGAGCCUUUGCGCUGUAG